AUCGGGUCAACGGUCCAACCAACUGAGCCACUCAGCCAGGGCUGGACUGGGUAACUUUCAAAGGCCCUUUCUAUUCUCAGGUCUUAUCACCUUGCUCCGAGAGUUUUCUGGCCCUUGAGGUCUGGAUAGCCCAAGAGGCCAGAAGACUGCUCCUUGACCACAGAAAGGGGAUGGAGUUAGGUAGGUUUGAGGGAGGAGAAGGGAUUGGUUAAACUGUCCCAGGGGCUUCCCAUACCUCUUCUUGAUCUUUCCCACUGAGCCCUUGGAAUCCCUUACAGUAAGUAGAGGAAAAACCUCUUCCUUCCCUUGCACAAGCCUAUAAGUAGCCCCUUCACCAGGAAACAGGCGAGAACUGGGGGAGACGGACAAGGCAAGGUUCCCCCAGGAAGGCCUUGCUGAGUUUGAGUCCCAGCUGAGAGCAGCCCCCAGCUCAGGACACUGCUGCUAUUGUCUCUAAUAAUUGCAGGGCUGGCUGGUUGCCCAAGAUGCUUUGAUUUCUCUUCUCUUUGCUCUAUUUGUCUGCCAGAAGGCAGGGACAGUUUUUGUUUUCUUUUGGCAGCAGCUACAGAGGGUUUGGGUAUGUCUGAAACAGAGUACACAACUGAAUAUUCACAGGCCAGCUACCUCCCUGUGGGACAGAAGCCAGCAGGGCCAGACAGGAAAAGUAUUGAUGGGAUGUGCCCAGCCCCUUAUCCGUGACGCUCCGACGGAGGUGGAGGUGGUGGAAAGGAAGAAGGGGGCCUUCGGUGACAGAUCGGGGGGACUCUGGGGAGGUGUGGAGGAACAGGGUUCUGGGAGCUUACCAGGUCAGACAGAAUUUGAUGGCUACCACUCGAGGAAUUUCUCCUCCACCACCACCUCACCCCGACCUCCUGACAAGAGCUCCCUGAGGCUCUAAGGGAACUGACGGCCAAGGUUGCCCUCCAAGUGUUUUCCCAAGGCCAGAGGCUAACCUUCUCAGUCCUUCACCACAACACCCUUCCUGUCUCACUCCCUCCCACAGAGGAUUGAGAGGGAAUCGGCUGUAGCUGGAGCCCCGAGAGCAGUCCAGGGCCUGAAUAUGUAGUUACUACUUGGCCUAGUUCAGGAGCUGUUUCUGUUCCAGAGAAUUGCAGAGAGCAUACUUUCUCUCUCCAUAGCCACCCCUACCCCUAAGGAGGAACUUAAGCCAGGCCUUCUUAUGCUGCUUUGUAAAUAGUUAAAUGUGUUUGAGGAACGGGGAGAGGGGUGUGGGAGGGACCACCCAGACAGAAGGUCUAGAAAACAGCUCUGAUGGAGCUGACAGGGAAGAAAAGAGGCUGGGCAGAGUGUGUUCUGCUGGAGGCCAGGAUGACCCGUCCUCGUCCUCGACCUGAGCCGUCUGCCACCACCCAGAAGGAUUGCGUCACGGCCUUUGCAAUGGAUAAGUGGGGAGAUUCUGCUAUGAUUCUUAUCUUCUCACCCCACCCUCAAGGUGCAGGGCACUCUCUGAUCUCUGGUUGCAGCCUCUGGCACUGGAGACUUGACAUAAACUAUUGACCUAACGCUGCCAGUGGGGAAGGGGCAUACAUUGCCAGACUUGGCCCCUAAACUUAGUGGGUGGCGGUAGGGACUGCAAGGGCCCCUCUGUAUCUCAGGGUCAUUGACUCUACCUGGCCCAGGUGCCAAAAACUAGCCCAAAGUGUGAUGAGUGAGAAACCUGGGGGAGUAUAGGGAAAACAGGCCUGCCCUGGCUCCUCACCCAUGGACCCCACCCCACAGCCAGGCUGGUCACUUUACCCAGAUUGAGAGAGAGAGAAAGAGAGUAUGUGUGAGUGUGUAUGAGAGAGAGAGAGAGAGACCAACCUCCCUUUUCCUGGCACUGUUCCUCAGCCAUAAAUAUUAUCUCAUUUAAUCUUUAUGUCAAUGUCAAAGAUUAUGUGACUUGCCCAAGAUCUCACAGCCAGUAAAGAUGCAUACCUUGAGUUAUAUCCUCUGCUACAUUCAGUUAUCGUCCCAUCUCUCCAAUCCAAUUCCUCAACUUCUGGAAUUCUCCUUGUGUAUCCCAGUUUCCCCGUGGCCUCUGUUCUCUCCCUUAAGCUAUGAACUUCUGAAAAACAGGCACUCUGCAACCCCAGAGGGUUUAGCAAAGGGGUGGGACACAUAAGAAACCCUAACAGGGGUGUCCCACAUUUUGGUGUCUCUGGGCCACCCUGGAAGAAGAGAGUUGUCUUGGGCUACACAUUAAAUACAUUGCAACACUUAAUCACAAAAAAAAAUCUCAGAAUGCUUUAAGUAACUUUACAAUUUUGUGUUGGGCUGCAAUCACAGCCAUCCUGAGCCACAUGCAGCCUGUGAGCAGCAGGUUGGACACCCCUAUCUGAAGAGAUGUUUGUUUCAUUAAUCAGUAAUUACACUUACUCCUUGCUGAUAAUGUAUUUAAUUAGAUUGCUUUUCUCUUGUUAUUCUUUGUACAACUUCUCUAGUUUGGGCCCAAAACAUAUACCUAGGUGCAGUCGAAGUGACAGUGAAGCAGGCUGCUGGUAGAGAGAAAAGAGGAGCUUCCACUUCCCGUUCCCUGGGGUCUGUGGCUUUAGCUCUCCCUGGCUGAGCUCAGCUGCACUCAGGAAAUCACUUUGUCGGGGAAAAGAAAGGCAAUUUUGGAUCUUGGAGCAGCCAGAGAACACUAGGCCCUGGGUUGCAAUGGUUAGAACUACAGACCAAUUCCUCCCACUCUGGUCUUUGACCUACAAGGCAAAAAGUUUUCUUAGCAGGCAGGCCCUACCCCGGAAGCACCCAGAGACGUCCUGGACUUCACCACAGUUGUUACAAAUGAUGGGCCUGCGGUGGAAGCUGAGUCUGCCCAAGGCCCAGGCAAUUACAAGUGCAUUCUCCAGGGACUUUAUGUCUUACAGAAUCUGAUAAGGGACAGGUCUCAAGAGCUACUUGCAGCAGAUUCUCUCCAUUUGCAGUCCUGAUGACACCCAGCCAUGCCUGUCUUUGGCUGUAGCCCCAAGAGCAGUCCAGCAGCCCACACGCCUUAGUUUAGAGGCUAUUUCUAUUUCCAGAGAAUUGCUAAGGGUACACUUUUUAUCCACAAUAGGACCCACUGCUCUCUGACGGGGAGGCACAAAGUGCUAUGCGCAUGCGCUACUUUGAAUGUGUAGUUACUACUUGGUCAAUGGCAUCGUACACGUAUUAGUUGCUCCACAGGCACGUUUUGCUGCAUGAAUGGACCAGUGGAAGCAGCAAACCUGUCAGGCACUCACCCCUCAACUUGAAAUGUUCCUUUCUCCCAGGACUGAGGCUCUGGAGCUGACGGUAAUGGAUCCAAGUUUUCGAAAGCAACUUGGCAAUCUGUUGCAAGAGCCAUAAGAAUGUUCUACUUUUUGACCCAACGCCCCCACUUCUGGGAAUCUGUCCUAAGGACAGUCUCCAAAUGAUUGAUACAAAGACUAUGUAGUAACAUGAAAUAUUUAUGAUGCAAUGAUAAACAAGUCUAGAAGAACUGAACGAGAAAUUGGCCAGAGAUAAUAGUAGUUGUAUUAGAGUAAUGAAUGUAUUGGAGAUUCUUUUCCCCAAACUUUACUUUAGAAUAUUGAUUUUACCCUCCUUUGCCCCUCAGAGACAAUCAGUCAGGAACCUGGCAGAAGCAGCAUGCUCAGAGGGGGUAGGUGACAGAAGUGUAAUGAAGGGAUCCUUGCCUGUUUCCAGUCCUUUUCACCCUGGUUUCUUCCACUCUCAGUUACUCACUCAACAAUUACGGAGUAUCUAUUUUCUAGUGAGGGAGGUAGACUCUCACGUGCAUAAGUUGUCAUAAAUGCGAUAAUAAAUACAGCCAUUGAGUGCGAUAAGGAGCACAGAGGAAGAAGCAAACUCAGGAGGGAGAUGUGAAUCAAGGAAGACUUCAAAGACUGGUGGUCGAUGCGCGUUCAAUUUUGAAGAUUGCCUGCUGAAAUGAAAGAGCCAAGACUUGUAGGAAGAAAAAAGCAAGGCGUAAUAUGGUGCAUUUAGGACAUUACAUGUGGCUCUGCUGGGCUGGAAGAAACACUGAGUGGGUGUGAAGAAACCGUGGGAGAUGAGGCUUUAGUUAGAUCAUGCUGAUUGCUGUGCUCCAAGUGCGUUUGUGUUUUGGAGUUAGCAGAUUUGCAUGUUAGAGAUGACUGGCCUCAGUGAAGAGAGUGGACUGGAUGGGGCAAGGGUGCAGGCAGAGAAGAGGGAAAAGGAGAGUUUGGGUCUUGGCUGGGUGGGCCAGCAGAUACCCUUUCUCAGCUUUGGCCUUUCUUGAUUUACACUUGGCCAGCGCUCUGCCUCUCCGGGAUCUCCCUCCCUCUUCCUCCCCCGAGGGCCCCUGAGCGGGCGGGGAGGCGAGGCUAGGGGUAGCCCUGCCUGGGUGGUCUCCUGUACUGCCCCCCCCCCCGCGGCGCCGUUGCCUAGCAGCGGAUCCGGGUAAUUUUCGGGCCCCUCAGCCAAUGAGAGAGCCUCGCCUCUGCCCUCUCCCUUUUUCUAGGGCUGCAGACGCCUUCUCGGCACUGCGGUCGCCACCUCGAUCCAUGCGGGACUUAGCCGGCCGGCAGCAGUUAGCUCUGCGGGCACGCGGGACUCCUUCGGCUGCUUGCCUGCCCCGGCCAGCGUCCGCCUUGCACUCCUCCGGGUCACAGCCACCGCGGCCGCGGGCACCCGACCCUCACCCACGCCCCGCGCCUGAGCAGCCCCGCGCCCCAGGGAGAUCAGGCCAGCCUAUGAGGGCUUCCAGAUAACGCGGGUUGGGGGUGCUUAGGCCCCCCAUCUCCACCAGCAUGGCUGGGCCACCGCCCCUCGGGGAGCUGCCCCCAGUCUACACACCCCCAGCUAGAUCCACGGCACCCCAGAUCCUAGCUGGGAGCCUAAAGGCUCCGCUCUGGCUCCGUGCCUACUUCCAGGGCCUGCUCUUCUCUCUGGGCUGCAGGAUCCAGAGACACUGUGGCAAAGUGCUCUUCCUGGGACUGUUGGCCUUUGGGGCCCUGGUACUGGGUCUCCGCGUGGCCGUCAUUGAGACAGACCUAGAGCAGCUCUGGGUGGAAGCGGGCAGCCGGGUGAGCCAGGAGCUGCGGUACACCAAGGAGAAGCUGGGGGAGGAGGCUGCGUACACCUCCCAGAUGUUGAUACAGACCCCGCGCCAGGAGGGAGAGAACGUCCUCACACCCGAGGCACUUCGCCUCCACCUCCAGGCAGCCCUCACCGCCAGUAAAGUGCAAGUAUCGCUCUAUGGAAAGUCCUGGGAUCUGAACAAAAUCUGCUACAAGUCAGGAGUUCCCCUCAUCGAAAACGGCAUGAUUGAGCGGAUGAUCGAGAAGCUGUUCCCGUGCGUGAUCCUCACCCCGCUCGACUGCUUCUGGGAGGGAGCCAAACUCCAAGGGGGCUCUGCCUACUUGCCCGGCCGCCCCGACAUCCAGUGGACCAACCUGGAUCCCGAGCAGCUCCUGGAAGAGCUGGGUCCCUUUGCCUCCCUUGAGGGCUUCCGGGAGCUACUUGACAAGGCACAGGUGGGCCAGGCCUACGUGGGGCGGCCCUGUCUGAACCCUGAUGACCCUCACUGCCCGCCCACUGCUCCUAACCGUGACAGCAGGCAGGCUCCCAAUGUGGCUCAGGAAUUGAGCGGGGGCUGCCACGGCUUCUCCCACAAGUUCAUGCACUGGCAGGAGGAGUUGCUGCUGGGAGGCAUGGCCAGAGACCCCCAAGGACAGCUGCUGAGGGCAGAGGCCCUGCAGAGCACCUUCCUGCUGAUGAGCCCCCGCCAGCUGUACGAGCAUUUCCGGGGUGACUACCAGACACACGACAUCGGCUGGAGCGAGGAGCAGGCCGGCACGGUGCUGCAGGCCUGGCAGCGGCGCUUCGUGCAGCUGGCGCAGGACUCCCUGCCUGAGAACGGGUCCCAGCAGAUCCACGCCUUCUCCUCCACCACCCUGGACGACAUCCUGCAUGCGUUCUCCGAAGUCAGCGCCGCCCGUGUGGCAGGAGGCUAUCUGCUCAUGCUGGCCUAUGCCUGUGUGACAAUGCUGCGGUGGGACUGUGCCCAGUCCCAGGGUGCCGUGGGCCUCGCCGGGGUGCUGCUGGUGGCCCUGGCUGUGGCCUCGGGCCUCGGGCUCUGCGCCCUGCUCGGCAUCGCUUUCAAUGCUGCCACCACCCAGGUACUGCCCUUCUUGGCACUGGGCAUCGGCGUGGAUGACAUAUUCCUGCUGGCACAUGCCUUUACAGAGGCUCCAUCAGGGACCCCUCUCCAGGAGCGAACGGGCGAGUGUCUGCAACGCAUGGGCCCCAGUGUUGCACUCACAUCCAUCAACAACAUGGUCGCCUUCUUCAUGGCCGCCCUGGUCCCCAUCCCCGCGCUACGGGCCUUCUCCUUGCAGGCGGCCAUCGUGGUUGGCUGCAACUUUGCAGCUGUGAUGCUUGUCUUCCCAGCAGUCCUCAGCCUGGACCUGCACAGGCGCCACUGCCAGCGCCUGGACGUGCUCUGCUGCUUCUCCAGCCCCUGCUCUGCUCGAGUGAUUCAGAUCCUGCCCCAGGAGCUGGCAGAUAGGACAGUACCAGUGGGCAUCGCCCAUCUGACUGCCACCGUCCAAGCCUUUGCCCACUGCGAAGCCAGCAGCCAGCAUGUGGUCACCAGCCUGCCUCCCCACGCCCAGCUGGUGCCCCCACCUUCUGACCCACUGAGCUCGGAGCUCUUCAGCCCAGGAGGGUCCACACGGGACCUUCUAGGCCAGGAGGAGGGGACAAGGCAGAAGGCAGCCUGCAGGUCUCCGCCCUGUGCCCGCUGGAACCUUGCCCAUUUCGCCCGCUAUCAGUUUGCGCCCUUGCUGCUCCAGUCACAUGCCAAGGCUGUGGUGCUGGUACUCUGUGGGGCUCUGCUGGGCCUGAGCCUCUACGGAGCGACCUUGGUGCAGGACGGGCUGGCCCUGACAGACGUGGUGCCUCGGGGCACCAAGGAGCAUGCCUUCCUGAGCGCCCAGCUCAGGUACUUCUCCCUGUACGAGGUGGCCCUGGUGACACAGGGUGGCUUUGACUACGCCCACUCCCAACGCGCCCUCUUUGAUCUGCACCAGCGCUUCAGCUCCCUCAAGGCCGUGCUGCCCCCACCCGCCACUCAGGCGCCCCGCACCUGGCUACACUAUUACCGCAGCUGGCUACAGGGGAUCCAGGCUGCAUUUGACCAGGACUGGGCUUCUGGGCGCAUCACCCGCCACUCGUACCGCAACGGCUCUGAGGACGGGGCCCUGGCCUACAAGCUGCUCAUCCAGACCGGGGACUCCCGGGAGCCGCUGGAUUUCAGCCAGUUGACCACGAAGAAGCUGGUGGACAAGGAGGGGCUGAUUCCACCCGAGCUCUUCUACGUGGGGCUGACCGUGUGGGUGAGCAGUGACCCCCUGGGCCUGGCAGCCUCGCAGGCCAACUUCUACCCCCCGCCUCCCGAGUGGCUGCACGACAAGUACGACACCACCGGGGAGAACUUCCGCAUCCCGGCGGCCCAGCCCCUGGAGUUUGCCCAGUUCCCCUUCCUACUGCAUGGCCUCCAAAAGACUUCGGAUUUCGUGGAGGCCAUCGAGGGGGCCCGGGCAGCGUGCGCGGAGGCAGGCCUGGCUGGGGUGCGCGCCUACCCCAGCGGCUCCCCCUUCCUCUUCUGGGAGCAGUACCUGGGCCUGCGGCGCUGCUUCCUGCUGGCCGUCUGCAUCCUGCUGGUCUGCACUUUUCUCGUCUGUGCCCUGCUGCUACUCAACCCCUGGGCCGCUGGCCUCAUAGUGCUAGUCCUGGCGCUGAUGACCGUGGAGCUCUUCGGCAUCAUGGGUUUCCUGGGCAUCAAGCUGAGUGCCAUCCCUGUGGUGAUCCUCGUGGCCUCUGUGGGCAUCGGUGUCGAGUUCACAGUCCACGUGGCUCUGGGCUUCCUGACCGCCCAGGGCAGCCGGAACCUGCGGGCCGCCCGGGCCCUAGAGCACACUUUCGCCCCGGUGAUGGAUGGGGCCGUCUCCACGCUGCUGGGUCUGCUUAUGCUUGCUGGUUCCAACUUCGACUUCAUCGUAAGGUACUUCUUCGUGGUGCUGACAGUGCUCACGCUCCUGGGCCUCCUCCACGGGCUCGUGCUGCUGCCCGUGCUGCUGUCCAUCCUGGGCCCCCCGCCAGAGGUGGUACAGAUGUACAAGGAGAGCCCGGAGGUCCUGAACCCCUCAGCUCCACGAGCAGGAGGGCUUAGGUGGGGGCUGCCCCCCACCCUGCCCCAGAGCUUUGCCAGAGUGACUACCUCCAUGACCAUAGCCCUCCACCCACCCCCGCUGCCUGGCGCCUACAUCCACCCAGCCUCCGAUGAGCCUGCUUGGUCCCCUGCUGCCACACCAGCUGCCAACAACUCCAGCAACCUCACUUCCAGGGCACCGUGUCCGGCCUCUGAGUGAAAGAGCAGCAGAAGCAUGGAGACUGCGUGGGCCACACGGAGUCACUGGGAAGCAAGGGGUGGGUUACUGGGUGCAGGACAGACUCCUGGCGAGCUCUGCUUCUGCUGCUGCUGCUGCUGCCUGUCUGCUAGCACCCCUGCCCUGACUUGGCCGUCACUGACCUCCCUGAUACCCUAGAGGACUGACACCCUCUGGGCCAGGAGCAGCUGCCCACAGCGGGCCCUGAGUACCUGUCCCUGUGUCUGGGCAGGGGUGAAAGCCAGCACUUCAGGCUGCAGUGCAGCCCUGCUCCCGCCACCCCACCCCACACCGCUGCCCCCAGCAGGCCAGGCCUGAGGGAUCCUCUCGCACCUUUGCCAGUCCUGGCCCGCCACUGCUCGGUGACCCCUGGGCAGGCUCUGUCCCCCUGCCCACCUCCUACCACAUAACUUAUUUAUAUGGAGAUGUUUAUUUUUGUAGUUUGUACAGAUGUUAGCUAUGCUCAAAGUUUUAUUUUUAAAGAGUGAAAUAUAUUCUAUAUGAACUCACCUCA